ACUGUACAAUGAACUAUAAUCGAGGUAGGCUGCACUGUCCGCAGGAGGUUCCAAGGGGGCACCAUAACACAAGUUUCCCGCACACACGUCCUGCUAAAAUGUGUAGUCCCGCGCCGUAUGUCAACCAAGCAGGAAAUCCUUCUCCAGCGGAUUAAUUGCGGAAUACAAUUUUAGAAUAACGACGCACCGGCAUGGAAUCAGAGAAACAAGUUCAAUCAACAGGAGAGGAUGUGCCUGACCCAGAGGAGGAGGAGAAGAGGCUGGCGGCAGCAGCCCGGGAAGCCAACCGUCUAUCUGAGCUGCGGCUGGUGCUGUUGGGCUGGAGGUGGCCUGGGAAGAGCCUCACAGGCAACACCAUCCUGGGCCGCGAGGAGUUCCGCCUAGAACGGGCAGCUGAGUUCUGUGUCAAGCGUCAGACUGAGGUGGAGGGGCGCCAGGUGACAGUGAUAGACACGCCGGGCUGGUUCUCAGCCCAGACAACGCCUGUCCUCUACCAGCAAGAGAUGAUACGGGGCGCCUCUAUGUGUGGUCCCCCUGGCCCCCACGCCUUCCUGCUUGUCAUCCCCGUGGGCAUGUUUACCGAGGUGGACCGGGGCCGCAUCGAGGAGCACCUGGCCCUGUUUGGGGAGCGCGUGUGGAGGCAUACUAUUCUAGUGUUCACUUGGGCUGAGGUACUGAGGAACAUGUCCAUCGAGAGACACAUCAAGCGGGAGGGGAAGGAUCUGCAGUGGGUGUUGGAAAAGUGCAAGAGGAGGUACUUUGUCAUCAAUAACUGCAUAUUUGGGGAGCACCCCCAACUGAGGCGGCUCAUGGAGAAGAUAGAGAAGGUGGUGGCAGAGGAGGGCAUCUAUAACCCAGAGGAGGUGGAGGAGAAGAAACAUCUGGACCAAAAACAGAACCGGGAGCUUGGGGCAAGGCCCAAAGUGAACUCUGCUGUAGGAUUGGCAAAACUGGACGUGGACCCGCCCCACAAUUCAGUGGAUGUACUGACUGACUAAAGGAGAGAUUUAAGAGCUGCUGAAUCUACAUCCAUACAUCACCCUUAACCUCAAGGCCUGUAUUCACACAUUGUCUCAGUGUUGAUCUAGAAUCAGUUUGCCUUUUAGAUCCAUAAUGAAUGAGACUGGUGAGGGGCGACCUAAUCAUAGAUCAGCACUCAAUUUAUGAAUACAGUCCCAGAUUAUUUUAGAGUUUUAAGAUAUAUUUUUUAAUUUAUAUCAGUGAGCGAUAUUAUCUGUAACUGGAUGUAGGCUAACAUUAUGCUGUUUGAGACUGUUACCUCCCACCAAUGUCAGCUCUGAUGAAAUGUAUCUAUUUGGGGAUUCGAUUUUUACUGAUUUGGUUUGCACAUGAAAUUUUAAAAGAAAUAUGACCAAGAACAAAAUCACAGACAUUCAUACAGGACGAUGGAAGAAACCCUAAAUGACUUCAGAUGGCUAAUGUGUACUUGUAUUUUUUUUGUUUUACCUUUUAUUUAACUAGACAUGUCAGUUAAGAACAAAUUCUUAUUUUCAAUGACGGCCUAGGAACAGUUUGUUAACUGCGUUGUUCAGGGGCAGAACGACAGAUUUUUAACUUGUCAGGUCGGAGAUUCGAUCUUGCAACCUUUCGGUUACAAGUCCAACGCUCUAACCACUAGGCUACCUGCCUAGUGGUUAGAGCGAGGGCCUAGUAUAGGCUACCUGCCUAGUGGUUAGAGCUAGGGUAGAUAGAGGGCCUACCCUUUGCUCCAUGAAGGGAGGAUAAUGGGAAAACUACAGUACGAGACAAGUCUCUGAGGCUGGGACAGAGACAGGGAAGUCCCUGUGAUACUUCUUAACCAAGUCUUUACAGUAUAUACUAGACAGCAGGGCUCUACAGAGCAACCAUUUUACUCUCAUAUGUGUCUCAAAAUAGAUGUGUGUUGGUCAAGUAUGAGCACAUGUGCGACUUGUGAUUUAUGGCCCCAGAAAAUAUCUGCUGUAGACAUUUUCAAAGUAUUUGUUGGUGUGAUUAGCUACCUCUAUGAAACAAAACAAAGAACUACGAAAUCCAUAUAGCUAUCCCACCUCGAGCAGCAACAGCGCCUGGGGGGGCUGUGCGCACUGAGGGAAAUGCUGAACGAUACAUUUUUAAGAAGCGCACUGGCAUCGAAGUUGGUCGAAUUUACCCGAAAGUCUACUAAAGUGGGACUUUGUCUUCGUGUUUCGUGGCAGUUUACAUCGUUUUGUUCACACGCUAUUUUUUUUUUUUUUAAUGUUAGUUAGAGCUUGCUCAACUGCUAGCGAAGAGACACGUCGGAGAAUAUCAUCUCUCACAGACAGACAUGUGAGUCCCACCAUUAACAACGGUCAAGGCCCUCCCAUUAAAGAGGCAGCUGAACAUUUGUCUCGCCUAAGUGGCUCAAAUAUUUAAGGUUAAAUUAUAAUUGAUUGAGCAUGGAACACUCUUAACCUUUUUUAUUCAUCAACUUUUAUUUAACUCCUACAUUUUUCUAUUUAGGAGCACAUCUGCUCAUUGUAAAACAUGUCAGUAUAGAGCCCUGGACAGGUAUUCUGUACAAUUGCACUACUAGAUUUAAAAAUGUUUAAUAAUUGUCUGCGAAAAUGUUGUUCAGGGAAUUGUGUGUGGAAAAGUUACCGAAUUGUGACCAAACCUAAAUUGGCAUUUUAGACAAUGUUUUAUCAAGCACUUGAAGUGCAGGUACGGUUUUACUCUACUAGUAGAGAAUACAAAUAUCUAUGUCUGGGUUUUGUUCAUGGGUGUGAAAUGUGUGUGAAAUAUACAAAAUCCACAUGUAUCAAACCCAACCUUCUAUGCAAGUGCAUAGCUACUGAAAUGUAAUUUAAAAUGUUAUUGUGUAAUGAUACAUUUUACCCAUUUCAUUUUUAUAUAGAAUUUUGGCAGCUAUAUGCUUCCAUAACACUCUAAGUAGGGUCGCUUAAUUAUUCAGAUUAGUUAGAAUUGAAACAUGAAUUACUCAUCUGAUGUAGAAUUGCAACAUGGCCCAUGUUGAUAGCAUUGCAAUAGGCUUAACACUGUGAGUACAAGAAUGUCUCAUCAUAUCAUUAUCGUCAUCAUAUUAUCAUUUUUAUAUUAUUAUUAUAUACUGUAGGUCUUUUAUUCUUAUAAUUUCUUCCUAUUCUGACAAUCAAUACUAGCUAGUGGUAGCUACAUGCACUAACUAACAUCCAGUGGUGAGUAUAAUACGAAUUUCUUUCAAUGUUGAUAAUGUAUACAAACCAUUUUACAAACAUCUCCAUACUGAUGCUACGCAUUGAUGUUACAUCAUAUUCUGUUAGCUACACUUACGUGAAUGCACAUGUGCUGUAAGGUUUCUGAGUCAAGUAAAGUAUCAGCACAGAAAUAUCUUCAAAGUUCUGUUUCGAGUUGCCGCUGGUUGAUUGAUUUAUUAGAGGGAGAUGAGGUAGGUGUCAUCUCUAGUCAGCGCAACUAGUCGUCUUUUGUUUCCCUUUAUAAUUGAUGCUGUUUUGUUUAUUUUGUCUAUUGCUGUAGUAGACAAUUAUAUAUUUUCCUAAAGUAUCCAAAUAAAGUGUAUAUUUUGAUGAAA